UGAACAUGUGACUCUACUUGCCAUAUGGUGCUAUUGGUCCACAUUCAAUGUUGAGUUCUGCCCUUACAACCCCAAAUACCUUUUGUGGUACAUGUUAUAGCAAUUUGGAUUUUACGUUAGCAUCUUUGUUCACGAUUCCCAGCAUCUAAUAUUAUAUGCUUCUCUCACUUCCUUAAUCCUCUAGCAUCCCCAUCACUCACAUUUAUCACCCUACUCCCUUAUAUAUAUUCCUUGCUUUACAUUCCACUUUCUACACUGAGAAAAGAAAAAAGAAAACACUGGAGAGAGCCUAACUGUUUUGUGUUUUACAAAUAUGAAUGCAGUAAUGGUAUAUCCGCUUGAAGCUCUUGCUUUCAAUUACUUGACCUUCGGUUUCUUUACUGUGGUCAACAGUGUUUGGACAUGGGUCGCCGUUAUUACUGCUGCCGUUAGCUUUUGGAGAAUCAAAACCUUUUCAACCUUGCCCAAACCCGAGCCACGUGGAGACUUUUCCGUCCAUGCCCCAUCUCCAACGGUGGUAACGUCGUCUUCAUCUUCAUCAUCGUCGCAGGUAGAAAGGGUGUCAAGUACUCCGUUAGCUUCAAAUGGAUCCUCUUUUGCAUGUUUGGUCAAUGAGGAAGGAACAAAGGGGAAACUUACGAUGUAUUACAAGCAAGAUGACUCAUGUGGAGAAUGCGACAGCGAUGGAGAAGGUGGUGAUCAGGAAGGAGAAGACGAGGGUGUAAAGUUGAGUAAAGAAUGGUUUGAGACUUGGGACAAAUUGUUGAAAAUGAAAAAUGGUGAAAUGGGGUGGUAUUGUUACCAGGACAUGAAUGUAAUUGAUGGCAACGUAGUUAGGUUGUGGGACGAUCGUAGACGAGGGAGGAAUGCCACCGCUUUCUCGGUUGGCAUAACCACUACUUACUAAUUGGUAGAUUCUUUUUUUCUUUUUUAACAGGAGUAAUAGUUUGGCAUAAUCAUAUUAUUACAAAAUCAUUCAUUACAUAUGGGAAUUGAGGAAGGGGUUAGUGAGAAUGAAAAGACUCACAUGUACCGCGAGAAUGUAAGUGUUGGUAGUAGUACUUGUAUAGAUUUAGAAAUGAAUCAAUGGUAGUAGCUUUUUUGGUA